CAGAGCCCCGUAAAGGACCUGUACUUCAAGUACCGCCGUUCGUCCAGUGGUGCCCGUAGCGCGUCCCUCAAGCUGACCCAGCACGGGGUGGUGGUGGCGCUGUUCGAGGACGGGCGGGUCAAAGCGGAGCUGUUCUUUGACUUCUCUAGCGUGACCUAUGUGGAGGCGCUCAAGUUCUCGCCCGUCAAGACCUCCAGCGAGAGGAAGCCUAAGGCCAUGUUUGUGCCCGUGGACGAGGGGAAGGGGCCCGUGCCGGAGAAACACGCCUUCUUGCUGGACAAACACUUCCACUUCCUCGUCUCCUCCUCCCACCCGCCCCUGGUCGUGUGUGUGGUGAGGCGGCCCCAGGGGGUCAAGGCGCUGGACUGUCACGUGUUCGCCCUGGACACGGCGGAGAACGCGCUGCACAUCGCUGCUCUGGUCGGCUCCACUCAGAUCCCGGCGGGGCUGCACGGGGAGCCAGUGGGCGGGGAGGUGAGUAGAGGGCGGGGCAGCUUUGACCGGAAGUCUCGCGGGGACGUCAUCCGCACGGAGUACGGCGAGUAUUCCGUGUACAGAGGUCAGGGUCAGGGGUCAAACUACGAGCCCCUGGCUUCCCCCACGGGUCAGCAGCCCCAGUUUUUCCCCGGCCCUGCUGUCGGUGCCGGGCCUAGCCGUAACGGUCAGAGCCCGGUGGGCGUGGUCCCCGGGGGGGUCAUGUUGACUCAGGACGACUUCCACCGACCACAACAGAUCCCCGCCACACAGCACAACAAGGCUCCCUACCUACAGGACGGAGGGGGGCAGACCUUUGUGUACGAGCAGCAGGUCAUGGGUCAAAGGUCAGAGCAAGCCAUGGGUCAAAGGCCGGACAUCUUGCACGGCCGACAAAGGUCUGGAGACAGCACGGACGACUACUCGGGUUUGCUCAACAGAAGUUUCGGCGGCGGCGGCGGUGUGGGGUUGAGACAUGAGGACGG